AUGGCGGUUUUAUAUGACAACCAAUUCGUGCACCAUCCGAAGGACCAUGGUGCUAUCGGUCCUUUCCUACCAGUAGAGCCAACACCGUCGUGCUAUUGUGGGUUACCGGUAUUUGUGAAGCGGUCAAGGCAUCCCGCGCCAGUUGGGCGUGCUUUCUAUUGUUGCCAACUUAAGCGACAUCCCCCAACACUUGAUGCCUACCUAGAGGGAUGUAGCUUCUAUCAGUGGAUCGAUGGCGAUGAAAUGUUCGAUCCGUUGAUUAUGUUGUUUUCUUAUGACCCCUGGAAGAGUGUUUCAUAUUUAGAAUUUGUUCGUCGGGUUCCACCACCACCGAACCCUCCAGAAAUAACAGAGGCGGAGAAGGUUGACGCUGCUUUGCGCCGUCUAGCCAAUCCUCCUAGAUGCCACUGUGGAGUGUCGGCGCGACUAACUACUCCUAGCCAGCGUGGAGCAUUCACUGCCUUCUAUUGUUGUGGAUUGCGAGAUUAUAGAGGGUUCCCAUCUUGUGACUUUGAGGAGUACAACUAUGGAUCCAAAUCGCACUGGCCUUCUGAGUAUGAAUUUGCGGAGUUUCAAGCAGGCAUUAAGCCAUGGCCAUGCACAAAGAUGCCGAACCGUAAGUGCAAGUGUGGCAUCAAGGCUCGCGAAGGAGUUGUUCUGUCUGAGCUAGGAUACGGAUACUACUGUGGCAAUGCUUAUGGAGGGCCGUCUGAGUUAUGGGUGAGUUGA